AUGCCUGAUGGGUACUCUAAUGCAGGAAGCCUGUUCCUGCACGUCCUGGCAUUUUUAGCAGCUGCUGGCAUUCAUGCCAGAGCCAGCAGUCCAGAGCCUUUUGGGGGAGACUUCGAGAAUCCUUUUGACGCGAGUAUCCAUUUUCGGCCAGACGUGGAUGAUUCGAUGGAUCUUCUCACAACAGAUCCCGACGAGCUUCCUCUCGGUGACGAGACGUGGAGAUCGCAACCCAGAGCCAACACUGGCACAAUUGAUCCGUUCUCUUGUGUCGACACCACUCGGCAUUCGGCAAUUGCAUGUUUUGAUUUCUCUAUGGCCAGCUGCACGCCUUUCCAGCAGACCCACUGUGACUGUACUGCAGUGCGACCUAUCUGUGUGACACAGUCCAACAAGAAAGCCUCGCCUGCCUCCAGCGAUUUCCCGGAGAAACACUCUUGCUGCUCGAGGCCUGGUACUGCAUCAGAGGGGAUGUUGCUUGGCAAAGCCAAAGAGAGCAGCCCUUUCGCAAAGCACAUAAUGGAGAAAGCGUUGUCCUCUUGGGACACGAGGGAAAAGACCAAGUGUUACAGCACAGCAAGAUCUGCGAGAGGCACCGUCUCCCUCACAGACUGCAAGACUAAGUGUUUGGAAGAGAAGCGCGAAGUUGAACCCAAGGAAUGUGACGCCAUCCUCUACAAGGAGAAAGGCAAUGGAAAGGGACUGUGCUUCGUGCUUUUCGGCUUGGAUGAGCCUUCGUGCGAAGAGAGCGAAAAAUGGCAAACGCUGAUUUACAAGAAGUAG